UUUUUAUUUGUGUCAUAUGAUUAAACCUACUUAUGUUUUAGGUUUCUCGCAAUCUGCAACAAACAAGCAAUCAAAUUCACGCAAGAAAAAGAGAAAAAGAAAGAGGGAGCAUACACUCAGCGGAGCCGCUGCAUUGGUCCUAGAGGAGAAGAGACGCAUGUCGAAGUGGUAAGUGGAAACGAGAUGAAAGAAGGUAUGGUGUGUCGUUUGCUCAGCUCUCUCUAUGAGCUCCGGGAUAUGGUUUUCCUAAAUACUGGAUAGUGGAUACUCCGGUUUCAUUCUUCUCAAAGAUUCUGACAUGGUAAAGUAGCCCUAGUUGGGAAAAACUCCAUUACAACACAAAGCCCCAACUCUCAAGUUGACCGUUGGGAUCAAAGCCCCAAUCUUAUUGACUGUUGGGAAGACGGCUUUUAAGCGAUGUUGAGGAGAUGGCGGUGGGGAGACGGCUUUCCUCCUUCACAACCACAGCUUCCAGCGUUGGGAAUCUGCUCCUCGUUGCGUCCAUCGCCAAAGCCUUAGCAGAGCCCGGAGGAUCGCGAAACCUCGACUCAAUCGGAAUUAACUCCUCCACCCCUCUUUCCCAAGAUCUCGUCCUCCGAGUCCUCCGCCGCAACUCCCUCCACGCAUCCAGGAAGCUCGAUUUCUUCCGAUGGUGCUCUCUCCUCCCCGAGUUCAAGCAUUCCGCCGCCACGUACUCCCAGAUUUUCAAAACCAUUUGGACUUGCCGCGCCUACGACCAGGAGAUUCCCGGCCUUCUCGACUCCAUGAGGCACGACGGCGCAGAGCUCGACUCCCCUACCUUCAAGCUGCUCCUCGACUCAUUCAUCCGAGCUGGUAAGUACGACACCGCGCUCGAAAUUUUGGAUCUAGUAGAAAGCAAUUUUUCAGAUGACAUUGUUCGCAAUCGCUUGAGCAAUGUUGCUUAUAACUCCGUUGUGGUUGCACUUGUCCGGAAGAAUCAGCUCAGCACGGCCUUAUCCAUGUUCCUGAAACUAUUAGACUCUAAGAACACCGGAAACAAUGAUAGUAAGAAUGGCGAUUUCAUAGAAGACCCUUUUUCCUGUAAUGAGCUGCUUGUUGGCCUCAAGAGGGCUGGUAUGAGAGCUGAGUUCAAACAUAUCUUUGAUAAGCUCAGAGAAAGGAGGCAUCCUUAUCCAUUAGACAGGUGUGGCUAUAAUAUAUGCAUUCAUACUUUCGGUCUAUGGGGAAAUUUGGACAUUUCUCUACUAUUGUUUAAAGAAAUGAAGGAGAGGGGUGAUGCCUUUACUCCAGACCUCUGCACUUAUAACAGCCUCAUUCAAACUCUAUGCUUUCUUGGGAAGGUGAAUGAUGCUCUCAUCGUCUGGGAGGAACUGAAGAGUUCUUCAGGUCUGGAACCCGAUUACUACACUUACCGCAUUCUGAUUCAUGGCUGCUCAAAGUCAUAUCGAGUAAACGAUGCCAUGAGAAUAUUCAAUGAGAUGAAGUAUAACGGCCUGCGAGCAGAUACCUUUGUUUAUAACUCUCUAUUGAGCGGAUUACUGAAAUCUAGGAAGCUAACAGAUGCAUGCAAUCUGUUUGAUAAAAUGGUUGAAGAUGAUGGUAUUCGGGCCAGUUGCUGGACCUAUAACAUUCUCAUUGAUGGUUUGUUUAAGAAUGGAAGGGAUGUGGCGGCUUAUACACUCUUCUCUGAUUUGAAAAAGAAGAGUAACAAUUUUGUGGACGGGAUAAGUUAUAGCAUUGUGAUUUUGCAUCUCUGCAAGGACGGUAUGUCUGAGAAAGCAAUGGAGUUGAUGAAUGAGAUGGGAGGCAGAGGAUUUACUAUCGACUUGGUCACUAUCACUUCACUAUUAAUUGCAAUCUACCGUGAGGGGCACUGGGACUGGAUUGAUAGGCUUUUAAAGCAUAUUAAGGAUAGGAAUUUAGUUCCCAUUGUCUUAACGUGGAAAGCAUCCAUGGAGGCGAUGCUAGAAGCUAGACAAAGCAAAGAAAAAGACUUCACACGAAUGUUUCCAUAUGAUGGCGACUUGACCGAUGUUUUAAGCGGCAUUGUCGGAGGCUUAGGUACAGUAGAGAGAGGGGCUUACACUGGUGAUGAUAAAAUUGAUCCUUGGUCGUCGUCCCCAUAUGUGGAUUUUCUAGCUAGCCAAACGAUCCCUAACAUUCUCUCUCCACAUUUGUUCACACUUUCCAGAGGAAAACGUGUCGCUGACAAGGAUCCAAAUUCAUUUGAUAUGGACAUGGUGAAUACCUUCUUAUCCAUAUUCCUAGCUAAGGGUAAAUUGAGUUUGGCCUGCAAAUUACUUGAGAUUUUCACAGAUGUGGGGGGUAUGGAUGCCGUGAGCUACACCUAUAACUCCAUGAUGAGUUCAUUCGUCAAGAAGGGGUACUUCAAUGAGGCGUGGGGUGUUUUGCUUCAAAUGAGAGAAAAGGUCUGCCCAGAGGAUAUAGCAACAUAUAAUGUUAUAAUUCAAGGUCUUGGAAAGAUGGGAAGGGCAGAUCUGGCAAGUGAUAUUCUUGAUAGACUGAUGAAUAAGGGUGGUGGUUACCUUGACAAUGUGAUGUAUAACACAUUGAUUAAUGUGUUUGGGAAAGCGGGCAGAAUUGAGGAAGCAAAUCGGCUUUUCCAACAGAUGAAAAGUGUGGGGAUAAAUCCUGACGUUGUGACUUAUAAUACACUUAUUGAAGUUCACAGCAAGGCUGGGAGGCUGAAGAAAGCUUAUGAUUUUUUGAAGAUUAUGUUGGAUGCUGGGUGUGUCCCAAACAAUGUGACUGACAAAAUUCUAGAUUCCCUCGAGGAGGAGAUUGAGAAUGUGAGAUACCAAAAGGCAUCAAUAAAAAGCCCUAAUGUAAAUGGUUAGCUUCCUUAUGAAUAAGUUUUUUUUGCACAUCUACAGUUGACUGUGUGUACACUGGGACAAUUUUGGUACAAGUCCGUCAUUCACUCUUCCGAGUCCAUCUUUCCAUGCAACUUUAUUUUGGCAAAAUGUCUUCAAGCCCCUAAACAAUAAAUUAACACCCCA